GUCUCUCUGAAGGAAACUAAUCUGUAUGAAGGGGAAGUUAAGCCACAGUACCAAAGCUCCAUGUCGACUCACUGUCAUGUUGUUAGUUGUAAGCUAGCUUCGUUAGACCAUAGACUGUAUAAAUAAGGUUUAGACUGGUUCUCAGUCUGAUCACUGAGGCGGUUUAAAGGCUGCAGAAAGGGGAAGACUUGAACCGGGAGCAUGUUGUCUGCUGUAGCCUGCGGAGCUGUGCUGUUUCCGGGGCUUUUCUACACCUCCAGGAGACUUCUGAGACGGUCUUUCACAAACUGGAGUGAUGCCGACGUCGUGUCCGUCAGUGAGAGGCUCGUCUCGGCCAUCCACGCGUCUCUGGCCACUGCAGCCGGAGUGAGGGUGGUGACGACCUGCAGAGACGUCAUGACUGACAGUCACUGGCUGACCGACUGGUUCACUUUGUUCGGAGCGCCCUACAUGGCCUACGACAUCUUGGCCAUGUAUCUGAGCCACUACCACACUCAGAGGGUCAGAGGUCAGUCCAGCUCGUACAGCGGCCACUCUGCCCACACUGUGAAGGCGUUCCUCAGGAAGGACUGGAUGCUGGUGCUCCAUCACCUGGUGCUGCUUCUCAUUUUCCUGCCCAUCACUCUGUUCUUCAGGAGAGGACUGGGGGAUUUCUUCAUCGGCUGCUUGUUCACGACAGAGUUCAGCACUCCUUUUGUCUCAAUUGGAAAAAUCCUCAUCCAGCUCGGCCUUGAUGACACCCGGCUGCACAGAAUCAACGGCGUCAUCGUCCUCCUGAGUUUCUUCACGUGUCGGAUCCUCAUCUUCCCCUUCAUGUACUGGAUGUACGGCCGGCAGUUUGGGGUCCCGCUGCACCGCGUGGCCUUGCAUCUGCCACUGCAUUGCAACGUGGGUAACCUGGCGAUCCUGGCUCCUCAGGUCUACUGGUUUACCCUGCUGCUGAAGAAAGCUAACAGACUGUACCAACGACAGAGAAGAGGGAAGGGAGACGGAGGUAAAAACGUGACGAAGACGGACUGAAAUGUCGCCUGUUUGUGGGAUUACUUGGCUUCACUCUGAGACCUUUGACGCAGACAAAGAAUGUAUAAAGCUGUAUUCAGAUAUGCACAAAAACCUCCAAGAAUGUCCUGGGUGGGCUGCACGGGUGAACACAAAUUGGCCCAAUCUUUCCUCUUAACUUCAGCCUGACUUUUUCCUGCUGGACUCUCCGUAGAGAAGUCAAACCGAUGCGAAAACACGGCAUGAAAAUUUCAGGAUAAUUCACAAUGAGCAAUUUGGCUCCAGUGCGAAACCAGAAAAGCUGCAUGGUACAAGAUAAAUAAAAUCAACCCAGAUUAAAGAUGGAAAAUAGUUUUCAAGAGGAGAACAGUAAAGACGUCUGCAGACUCCUCCGUGUGUAUACAUAGCACUGAUAGAAAUGCACAAACGGUCAUCAUAGGGAAGGUCUCUGCUGCUCCGUCCUCCAUGUAGUUAGUGUUACAUCAUGGCUUUUGCUUUAAUGUUCUGCCUCCUGAGACUCAACUCCCCUCAAGCCUGAUGGGGAAAACAUCACACUGUGAGGAACGUGUGAACGAGCAGCUUUGUAAAGUUUCAGGGCAGAGUAUCAGGGGAAAAUAUUGGGAUGAGAAAUUCAAGAUUAGAUGUUUGAUUUGAGAAAAGGUGUAAGAAUAUUUUGAUAUUAGUUAUGCUACCUAUAAAAAUACGUUUUGUACUUUUGUAAGAAAAUUUGCACUAUUUCAGAAGUCAGACAACAAUAUUCAUCUCAGACUUUUAAAAUUAUUUACAAAAUUCAUCUACUUUGAAUCCAACGCUAUCUUUCUCAAAAUAUAGCAAAAAUCUUUAAAAAUUUCUACUUUUUGAAUAUUAUUUUUUUUACUUUCUUUGCAAUCUGAUUUUUUGUCCUCAAACUUUACAUUCUGUUUCUUGCACUACAUCUUCUUGCACUUUGAACAAUGAAGUAGUUUUGUCUAAUAACUGUUACUGUGUCAAAAUUACUGUAAAUGUUGAGUGUGCUGCUUUACCUUUUGAAAUGUUUAUAUAAAUAAAAGAAAAAUGCUAAAUAUUUUGUACAAAUUAAACACUUUGUCAAAGUA